GUAGCUAAACCGUGAUGGGAAGCUACCUUCAGAGAAGAAAACCAUAGUCGGAGGUCGGAGCAAACAAUGCCAAAGAUUUCACAGAUCUCUGCUGUUUUACGUCUAGGGUUUUCUUCAUCAAGAAGACUCUCCAAUGGCUCCCACUUCAUUGCUCGUUCCUAUUGCACCUCUGAUCCUCCCAAAACAUCAGGUCCACUGACGAGUUACAGUAAGCUAGUUGAACAAGGGAGGCUGCAACAUGAUCCGUACCAAGAGAAAGUUGCUUCCGCAUUCGAUAAUUUGUUUGGAAGAUUGGAACGUUUUGAGAAGGAAAUGGAGGAUUAUCAUGUGAGAUUAGCAGAGUGGGAGAAGAAGAGAGAGGAAGAGCGACGAAGACUAAUGGUGGAAGAAGCUGAGAAGAAGGAAGAAGAUGGAAUGUGGGCUUCAAUGAAUAAACAUGGGCAAAAGCUUUUAGGAAGAUGGGUAUUAGGGCGAAGAAAGAUGAAUGUAGAACCUGGAGUUGGUAAAUGGGUUUCUUACCUUAACCGAGAGAGAAGAUUGGACUCAAUUGUCGGUUCUCGUCCUGCAGUACCUCAAGCUCCUAAAGGAUUAUAUAUCUAUGGAAAUGUAGGAUGUGGCAAGACUAUGCUGAUGGAUAUGUUUUAUGGUGCCACUGAUGGGAUGAUCAGACAUCGACAACGGUUUCACUUUCACGAGGCUAUGUUGAAGAUAAAUGAGCAAAUGCACAAGUAUUGGAAGGAGAACGGUGAAGAGAAGUCCUCGCAAUAUAGCAUUUCGAGCUGGAUUAUGAAUCUUCCUGUUGAUGAAAAAGUUAAGGAAUGGCUAGCUGGAGAAGAGUUUUAUAAGCAGCAACUCCAAAUGAAACACAUUCUUCCAGCUGUGGCUGAUAAGUUUCUCGUUGAUCAGCAAUCGAGUAAAAAAGGAGCUAGCAUCCUCUGCUUCGACGAGAUUCAGACAGUUGAUGUGUUUGCUAUUGUGGCCUUAUCUGGAGUUAUGAGCAGAUUGUUGACUACUGGAACUGUUCUUGUGGCCACCAGUAACCGAGCACCACGGGAGUUAAAUCAGGACGGAAUGCAGAAGGAGAUAUUUGAUAAGUUUAUCUCUAAAUUGGAGAAACAUUGUGAGAUAAUCUCGAUUGGAAGUGAAGUAGAUUACCGCCGAGUAGCAGCAAAGAACUCGGUUGAAAAUGUUCACUACUUAUGGCCUUUGAAUAACGUUGUUCUGGAAGAGUUUGAGAAAAUGUGGCGUCAGGUCACUGACCAGUACGGUGGAAAAAUAACUUCUGCUACUCUCCCAGUGAUGUUUGGAAGAACAGUGGAAGUUCCUGAAAGCUGUAAUGGAGUGGCAAGAUUCACAUUCGAGUAUCUAUGUGGUCGACCAAUUGGUGCAGCAGAUUAUAUCGCAGUAGCCAAAAACUAUCAUACAAUCUUUAUCUCUGAGAUUCCAGCAAUGAGCAUGGAAAUACGUGACAAGGCACGUAGGUUUAUAACACUUGUGGAUGAGCUAUACAACCACCAUUGUUGUCUUGUCUCGUCCGCGGAGACACCUAUUGAUGAGUUGUUUCAAGGAACUGCAGAGGGUACACUCUUCGACCUCGAAAGCUUCCAGUUUGAGACGGAGACAGAAGAUUCGAGACUAAGGAGAGAUGUGCUUGCAGAAGGUAGCAUAAGUUCUGCUGGCUCGCCUUCUUCGAUCGUGAAAAUGCUCUCUGGUGAAGAGGAAAUGUUUGCCUUUGCACGAGCCGCGUCGCGGUUGAUUGAGAUGCAGACUCCAUUGUACCUCGAAGGAGUUCGUUUCUUGCAUCCUUAUUUUCAUCAGCAGAAAGUAUAUAAAAAAUAACAAAUGACUGAAUAGUUAAUACUGAAUCCUUACUUCAUUUAUUUCUUUUCAUGUGAUUAUUGGAUUAGCAGAAGUGACCAAACCAAAAUGUUUGGUCUUUUGUCCUUUAUACUAAGGCGAUUAAUGAAUAAAAAAUGUUAUCUUCUAAAUAUACGUCUUUCUUCUUGUGGGUUGGAUGCAACAAUCCUGAUAAUUAUCGUCUCACCUAAAUUCAC